AUGCCCAGCCUCAAGACUCUGUUGACUGCCACGUUCUUGGCCACAGGAGGGUUCCUCUUUGGCUAUGACAGUGGUAUUGUCACAUCAACCAUCGGUCAACCCGGGUUCAUCGAAUAUUUCUCCAACCCCAGCGACACCGUGACAGGCGGCGUCGUGUCUGCGUUCCAGGGCGGCGCCAUUUUGGGCACAAUUAUCAAUAUCUUCACGGGUGACAGACUUGGGCGAAAGUAUUCUGUCUUUACGGGAGCUGCUGUGUCAUGCUUUGGGUGUGCGUUGCAGGCGGGUGCCAUCAACAUGGUCAUGCUCAUCAUCGGGCGAUUCAUUGCUGGUGUUGCAGUGGGAAUGUUGACUUCCGUUAUUCCAAUGUAUGCAGGUGAAAUUGCCGAGUCCUCCUCUCGGGGUAUGAUGUCCGGCUUGUUGCAGUGGAUGUUAAGUUGGGGAUACUUCGUGGCUCAGUGGCUUGGAUACGGAUGUUCCUUCGACAAUACUGCCUUCCAGUGGCGAUUCCCUCUUGCCUUCCAGUGCGUUCCUGGCAUAGCUCUUAUGAGCGGUAUCCUCUUCCUCAACGAAUCUCCUCGCUGGCUGAUGGAGAAAGACCGCCACGAAGAAGCCCUUACUGUCUUGAAGAACCUCCACGGUAAUGGUACACCCGAGAAGGAGCAGUACAUUGAGCUUGAGUUCCAAGAGAUUCGUGAAGCCAUUCAAGCAGAGCGAGCUCAGACAAAGAUCUCCUUCACUUCUAUCCUUCGCAAACCCUCUUGGCGCCGUCGUCUUAUUCUCGGCUGUGCAGUCCAAGCCUUCGGACCUCUGUCCGGAAUCAACGUGAUCAACUACUACGGCACUCGCAUCUACGGCCAGCUCGGCUUCGAUACACAAACCACCUUGAUGAUCAUCGGAAUUUCCGGUGCUUUCUCCAUCGUCUGGUGCACACUUGGUCUGUGGGCGCUCGAGCGUGUCGGCCGAGUCAAGCCUCUCAUCAUCUCAGCAGCUGGUAUGGCAGGCGCACUCGUCUGCAACGCUGCCAUGUCCCAGCAUUGGGACAAGGGGAAUGCCGACCAGCUUCGGGCUAUGGUGGCCAUGAACUUUGUUUUCAGUUUCUUCUACACUUUUGUCGGAAUCAUCUCGUGGGUGUAUCCUGCUGAGAUUUUCCCGGUGGAUAUUCGAAACCAGGGUAACUCGAUCACCACCUUCACCAACUGGACUUUCAAUCUUGUUUUCGCCCAGUUCUCGCCUAAUGCGCUGUCCUCUAUUGGGUUCCGCUACUUCUAUGUUUUCUUCGCGUUCAACAUCGUUGCUAUGUUGUCUUACAUUUUCUUCUUCCCUGAGACUCGGGGCAAGACACUCGAGCAGAUGGAUGUUCUGUUUGGAGACGCGACGCCGAUUGCGGUUAAUGAAAAAGAAGUGGAGACAGUUAUGGUCGAGGAUACCACCAAGCAAUGA